CUCUUUACUUCCUCUUCUCCUUCCCUUUUACCCACUAACAAGAAUCCCCUAUUGAUUUUUUACUUUCACUCCACGGGACAAGGAUCAGAAGCGAUCUUGUUCGUUUUGUUUACUUCCAACUCAGUGCUCAUUCGUUUCCUGCCAUCAACCCUUUGUUCUUUUUCUGAGAUCCUCCAGUUUCCUUUUUUUUUUAUAUUCAUCUUGAACGUUCCUUGACCGCUAUACAUCCCUAAUAUACAUUUCAUGGAUAAAUAUCAGAAAAUCGAGAAGUUGGGUGAAGGAACGUACGGCAUUGUCUACAAGGCUCAGAACCGAGAAACGAAUGACGUUGUGGCUCUGAAGAGAAUCCGGCUGGACAACGAAGAAGAAGGAGUGCCAUGUACCGCAAUCCGCGAGAUCUCACUACUCAAGGAGCUCAAGCAGAACAACAUUGUCCGACUGUACGAUGUAUUGCACACAGAGAAAAAGUUGACGCUCGUGUUUGAAUUCCUGGACUCGGACCUGAAAAAGUUCCUCGACACAUACAGCGGGGAUAUUGAUGUCUUGACGAUAAAGCAAUUAAUGUACCAGCUGUUGAAGGGAAUCGCAUACUGCCACGAACACCGAGUCCUGCAUCGAGACUUGAAGCCGCAAAACUUGCUGAUCAACAAGAAGGGCGAUCUAAAGUUGGGAGACUUUGGACUCGCGCGAGCAUUCGGUAUCCCUGUCAGGAGUUACUCCCACGAGGUCGUGACGCUGUGGUACAGGGCGCCGGACGUGUUGAUGGGCUCGAAGCAGUACUCGACCUCGAUCGAUAUCUGGUCUGCAGGAUGUAUUUUUGCGGAAAUGGCUUCUGGUCGUCCUUUAUUCCCCGGAUCCUCAGUCAAGGAUCAAUUGCUCAAGAUCUUCAAGAUUUUGGGGACACCAACAGAAGAGACAUGGCCUAGUGUGUCGAGGUUACCUGAGUAUCGAUCAGACUUUCCAGUCUACAACCCUAUCCCACUUGAGAACUUGGUCCCGAAGCUGGACGCGGCUGGCAUCGAUUUGCUUGCUCGCCUUGUAACAUACAAUCCUGACAGGAGGAUAUCAGCGGAAGCUGCGCUUGCUCAUCCUUAUUUUGAAGAAAUUCGAAGACGCGAAGCAAGCAGUGGUGGCGGAGGCGGCGGCACAGGGCAGUGAGUAUCCUUCCGCACGUAUCCAUUCAAUUUCCGUAAUAAAG